AUGCGUGAUGGUGGGUCCUCGAGACACCUUGUUGGAGGAAAGAUGAUCAUCAGAAAUCAUCCGAAAGGGCAUAUUGUUGCAGCAGAAAGUACCAAUCCAGAAAUGAAGUUUAUGAAAAUUGGGACCAAGCCGGACACCUUCUGCACAGAAGAAGCUAGCAGGACUGUGAUUUCAGAUGUACAGAGCGACCUUCUCAUACAAAUUAACAACAUCAGUUAUCUUCUCCAUAAGUUUCCACUUGUUCCAAAAUGUGGCCUCUUACAACGGCUUUGCUCUGACUCUGGUGAUUCUGAAAAGGUCAGCAUAGAGCUUCACGAUAUUCCAGGAGGUGAAGAUGCUUUCGAACUGUGUGCUAAGUUCUGUUAUGGAAUUACGAUUAACCUCAGUGCGUAUAACUUUGUACCUGCAUUUUGUGCUGCUAAGUUCCUUCGAAUGACUGAGUCAUUAGAGAAGGGAAAUUUUGUUCCAAAACUCGAGGCUUUCUUCAAUUCGUGCAUUCUUGAAGGUUGGAAAGACUCCAUUACCACACUAGAAACCACAGUAAAGUUGCCAGACUGGUCUGAGAAUCUUGGAAUCAUCAGAAAGUGCAUUGAUUCAAUUGUUGAAAAAAUCCUUACACCUCCAGCAAAGGUCUCAUGGUCCUACACUUAUACUAGACCUGGUUACACCAAAAAGCAACACCAUUCUGUCCCAAAGGAUUGGUGGACAGAGGAUAUAUCAGACCUUGAUGUAGACCUGUUUCGGUGUAUAAUUACUGCUGUUGCCUCAACGUACAUGCUGCCACCGCAGCUCAUUGGUGAAGCUUUGCACGUCUAUGCUUGUCGUUGGCUGCCAGACACCACGAGACCACCUCCACAAACAGAUGAGCAAUUUAUGGAGAAGAAUCGAAGAAUUGUUGAUACCAUUGUGAGUAUGAUUCCUGGAGAUAAGAGAGCAGUUUGUGUUGGAUUCUUGCUAAGGCUUCUUAUAGUUGCAAAUUACUUAGGAGUGUCUCCAGUGACAAAGACAGAACUAUUAAGGAGGUCCAGUCUACAACUCCAAGAGGCAACAGUGAAUGACUUGAUUUCUCCAUCACACUCGCCCACUGACCCAGAAUUUUACGAUAUUGACUUGGUUGUGGCAGUUUUGCGAAGUUUCUUGGUGCUGUGGAGAAGACAAUCCCCUGCAGCUGCUUCUGCUUCUGAAUCAAACGGCAGCAGCGCCCAGUUUUUGGGAACAAUGAGAAAGGUUGGGAAGCUCAUCGAUUCUUACCUUCAAGUCGUUGCCAGGGAUGCCAACAUGCCAGUUUCAAAACUGGUAUCUCUGGCUGAAGCUUUGCCAGAUAUUGCAAGGGAAGACCAUGACGACAUUUACAAGGCUAUUAACAUUUAUCUAAAGGAGCAUGGUGAUCUGAGCAAGACAGACAAGAAGCGCCUCUGCCGCAUUUUGGACUGCCAGAAGUUGUCGCCCGAGGUACGCGCUCAUGCUGUGAAAAAUGAGCGGCUACCAUUGAGGACUGUUGUUCAAGUCCUCUUCUUUGAACAAGACAGAGACAGAGCUUCCAACUCCAAGGCAGCAGCAACUCAUGAUCAUCAUCAUAAACAUAAACUACCGCCACUUAUGCCCUCCCAGUCCCAGUCCCAGGAGCUCUUUUCCACAGGAAAACAAACAGUUCCAACUAGCAGAGAAUUAGAUAUUCAUAAUGGUCAUGGUCAUGGACAUGGUAAGCUAAAAUUGGGAGCAGCAGAUCAUCAUGAUAAAUUCACUAGUAGUAGAGGGGAUCACAGCACAAGAAGAAUCAAUGUUGCUGGAAAGAAAGAUUAUCCGCUGCAUUUGCAAACAAAAAGAUCAGAUGGAAAGUUUCCCGUGGGAACCGAAAUAAAGAUUGUUAGCUCAACAGAAAUACAAGAACAAGUAGAACAUCAACUAGAAACGGGAUCUGGGAGCAAGUUGGAUGUUAAGAGGAUGAUACAAAGGGGAAGUAGAUCGGACCAUGGCCGCGACAAAGGCAAAGAUAGAUAG